AUGGCUUUAACACUAGCAGUUAUAAUUGCGCUUAUUACAAUAUUUGCGUUUUAUUGUCGAUUAAGAUAUGAUCACGCAGGACGUUUACUGUCUCGCAUACCUGGGCCUCGAGGAUGGCCCUUUUUGGGAAAUGCUUUGACAAUUUUGGUUUCUUCAGAGCAAAUGCUUCUGCUUCCAAGAUCUAUUUAUCGUAUGUGUGGAAAUAUAAGUAAAUUGGAAGCAUUUGGUGUAAGAGUUGUAAAUGAACAUAGUGCAGACGAUGUUGAGAUUUUAUUUUCAACGACUCGAUUCAAUAGAAAACAGGAUCCUUACACAUUUCUAAAACCUUGGCUCCGCGAGGGUUUAUUAAUAAGCAACGGUGAAAAGUGGCAACAGCGAAGAAAGCUAUUGACCAAGGCCUUUCAUUGUGAUUUCCUUAAAACAUACGUUCCAACAUUUAACAAGCAAACUGAACAUUUGCUAUCCAAAAUACAAUGUGAAGUUGGUAAUGAUCAAACAGAAAUUCUGCCAUUGAUAUCAAAAACUACACUGAAAAUUAUGUGUCAAACAUCAAUGGGCACUUCAAUGGAUGAAGCCAAACUAUCUAUAGUAAAUAAAUAUUUUGAAGCAUUAAAUGUGCUAGGUAGUAUUUUAGCAUACAGAUACGCAAGAAUUUGGUUACAUUUAGACCUUAUAUUUAAAUUUACUAAAAUCUUUAUAAUACAAAAUAAAUCUAUUAAAAUCUUACAUGAAUUUACAAAACAAAUUAUACAAGAAAGAAAAAUAGAUUUAAAAAAUAAUACAACCAAUGAAUUCAAUAAUCAAAAUGAAGUUUAUGGAAGACGUCGCCUAGAAUUUCUAGACAUUUUAAUUCAAAAUGAAAAGGAGGGAAAAAUAGAUCUUGAGGGAAUAAGAGAAGAAGUGGACACAUUUAUGUUUGAAGGUCACGACACAACAGCAAUGGCGCUUAGUUUUAUGAUAAUGAGGAUUGCUAACGAACUGGAAAUACAGAAUCAAUUGGUCGAAGAAAUCAUUAAUAUAUUCGGUGUAUCUCAACGUGCACCGACAGUGGAAGAUCUAAAUAAUAUGAAAUACCUUGAAUGUUGCAUCAAAGAAUCCUUGCGACUUUAUCCUAGUGUUCCAUUUAUGUCAAGCUUUACUACUGAGGAUGUAACCUUAAGUGGAUAUACGGUACCAGCCGGUACUUAUUGUAACAUCCACGUAUAUGACAUUCAUCGUCGUAAAGAUUAUUACCCGGAAUCCGAGAAAUUUAUACCAGAAAGAUUUUUACCGGAAACCACAAAAACACGUCAUCCGUAUGCAUAUAUUCCAUUCAGUGCUGGAUCUAGAAACUGUAUUGGUCAAAAAUUUGCAAUAUUGGAGAUGAAAACAUUGAUGUCAGGACUAAUCAGAAGAUUUCGGUUGGAACCUGUAACUAAGCCUGAAGAUUUAAUAUUUAAGGCUGAUAUUGUUUUACGUACUUCUAAUCCUCUUUAUACAUCAGUCUUUAUUUGGACUUGCGUGUGUGAAAAUAGAACCGAUGCGAUGGCUUUAACACUAGCAGUUACAAUUGUGCUUAUUACAAUAUUUGCGUUUUAUUGUCGAUUAAGAUAUGGUCACGCAGGACGUUUACUGUCUCGCAUACCUGGGCCUCGAGGAUGGCCCCUUUUGGGAAAUGCUUUGACAAUUUUGGUCUCUUCAGAGGAAAUGUUUCUGCUUCCAAGAUCCUUUUAUCGUAUGUAUGGAGAUAUAAGUAAAUUGGAAGCAUUUGGUGUAAGAGUUGUAAACAUACAUAGUGCGGACGAUGUUGAGAUUUUAUUUUCAACGACACGGUUUAAUAGAAAACAGGAUCCUUACACAUUUCUAAGACCUUGGCUCCGCGAAGGUUUAUUAAUAAGCAACGGUGAAAAGUGGCAUCAGCGAAGAAAACUAUUGACCAAGGCCUUUCAUUUUGAUUUCCUUAAAACAUACGUUCCAAUAUUUAACAAGCAAACUGAACAUUUGCUAUCCAAAAUACAAUGUGAAGUUGGUAAUGAUCAAACAGAAAUUCUGCCAUUGAUAUCAAAAACUACACUGAAAAUUAUGUGUCAAACAUCAAUGGGCACUUCAAUGGAUGAAGCCAAACUAUCUAUAGCAAAUAAAUAUUUUGAAGCAUUAAAUAUGCUAGGUAGUAUUAUAGCAUACAGAUACGCAAGAAUUUGGUUACAUUUAGACCUUAUAUUUAAAUUUACUAAAACCUUUAUGAUACAAAAUAAAUCUAUUAGAAUCUUACAUGAAUUUACAAAACAAAUUAUACAAGAAAGAAAAAUCUAUUUAAAAAAUAAAAUAACUAAUCAAUUCAAUACUGAAAAUGAAGUUUAUGGAUUAAAAGGUCGCCAAGAAUUUCUAGACAUAUUAAUUCAAAAUGAAAAGGAAGGAAAAAUAGACUUUGAGGGAAUAAGAGAAGAAGUGGACACAUUUAUGUUUGAAGGUCACGACACAACAGCAAUGGCGCUUAGUUUUAUGAUAAUGAGAAUUGCUAACGAACCGGAAAUACAGAAUCAAUUGGUCGAAGAAAUGAUUAAUAUAUUCGGUGAAUCUCAACGUGCACCGACAGUGGAAGAUCUAAAUAAUAUGAAAUACCUUGAAUGCUGUAUCAAAGAGUCCUUGCGACUUUAUCCUAGUGUUCCAUUUAUGUCAAGGUUUACUACUGAGGAUGUUACCUUAAGUGGAUAUACGGUACCAGCUGGUACUUAUUGUAACAUCCACGUAUAUGACAUUCAUCGUCGUAAUGACUAUUACCCGGAACCCGAGAAAUUUAUACCAGAAAGAUUUUUACCGGAAACCACAAAAACACGCCAUCCGUAUGCAUAUAUUCCAUUCAGCGCUGGACCCAGAAACUGUAUUGGUCAAAAAUUUGCAAUGUUGGAGAUGAAAACAGUGAUGUCAGGACUAAUCAGAAGAUUUCGGUUGGAACCUGUAACUAAGCCUGAAGAUUUAAUCUUUAAGGCUGAUAUUGUUUUACGUACUUCUAAUCCUCUUUAUGUACGCUUCCGUACCAGACAAUAUUAA